CAGGAGACAUGAACCCCAUAAACCAUAAUCAAUCUCAGACGUCUGCACUGCUGCAGCAGUUGUGUGCGCGAUGUCAAACGAGGACAGGGUGGUUUUAGCUCUCGGUGGAGCAGGAACUGUCGGCUCCGGGAUAGUGAAAGCUCUCCUGGACAGAGGUUUCAAAGUUGCUGUGAUCUCCAGAGACAACAGCAAGUUGGAGAAACUCAAAGGGUUUGUUUCACCUAGCACAAAAAGUAACCUGACCACUUUAGUGGGGAAUGUUGGCUCAGAAGAAGGGGUGGAGGAGGUGAAACAGGCCUUGCUUAAAUCUGUGGGAAAGAUUACAGAUGUGGUGUCCUCUCUGGGCUUCAGCUGGUGGCAGGGUGGUCCACCACACACCCAACCCCUCAAAGAACUGCACUGGGUUAUUGAGACUCUGCUUUUCAGCUCCUUUGUGUCUUGGAAAGCAUUCUUUCCCCUGGUGAGAGAUGAUCCUAACUGCACCUACACGUUUAUCACAGGAGGGGCUGGAGAGAAAGUGCUGAUGCCUGGCACAGGGUUCCUGACCGUAGGGGCAGCAAGUGCUCUGGCGUUCUGUCAGGUUCUGCGUGAGGAAUACCCAGAGGUGCCAUGCAAACUCAACCAGGUGAAAAUCAAUACGGGCGUGGCGGCCCCAGACCGAAUGGCCCCCGGGUACCUGAACCACUUGGAUUUGGGGGAGGCUGUGGCAGCACUGGUGGAGCGCCGCAAUGCGUCCCACACAGUGUUCGCUGUGAGCUGUCCUGCUGAUCUAAAAACUGUUAUCUUGGAGGGCAAUCUGUAAGCAAGCCUCAGACUGGUCAACAGAUUUUCCUCUGUAUUCACUUUAUCCUGUUAGUAUGCGUGUAUUGUUUUUAUUGCAUGUCAACAAAACAUUUCUGUAUUGAAAAUAGCCAGCUUUGUCAUAGUUCAGUCAUAGCCUUGGAAUACUCAUUGUGCUCAAAACAAAUCAAUAUAAUCGUCAGCAGAAUGGUACAGAUGCUUUGGAGUGCAGCAGAGCAUAAACUCAGCCCCAGACAUGCUUGACAUUGAAGAAGCGAGACACGUGGGAGAACGGAUGUGAAAACAAACUCGGUCUUUUCCUUGGUUAGGGUAAGAGAAAAAAACAUGGCAGAUUGUUGGCACACUUGCGUCCCCGUAGCGUGACUCCCUGCCCUCGUUCACUCAAAACUUAUCUGGCUGCUGCUUCCACGGCUCCAAUUAUUCCCAGCCGUGUGGCCCAUAAUAAGCAUGUGAGGGGGCGAGGGGUUCAGAAAUGGCCGGCCUCCAAAGUGGAGGCCAUUGUUUUUGUUUAUCGUUAUCAUAUUUGCAUAAACGCUUUAGCGACAUGAAUGUAAAUUUGCCAUUAAACAGAUAUGGAUUCAGUAAAGUGUCUAAUUAAAGAUGGGGAAGAAGGUGAGAAGACUUUGUCAGUUUAUCAGCUGUGGUUUUGCUUUGCAUCAGCUUAUUAAAGGGAUAGAUCACCCAAAAGUUCAAAUUCUCUCAUCAUUUUCUCAUCCUCUCGUCAUUCCAAACAUGCAUUACUUCCUUUCUAACAAAAAUGUUUUUAGCUUCUAUCGUGUUCCACAUAAAGGAAAAUCUUAUACAGGUUUGAAAUGACAUGAAGGUGAGUAAAUGGGUGAACUAUGCCUUUAAAUCUGAAUUACAGACCAAAAAGUGUGCCAUUCUCUUCACAUCACCUAAACAUAGUCUAUGUUACUCAGUUUAGUAUGUGUCUGAGUGGAAACGAUUCAUGACCGGGCGCAUUUAUCUUGUGUGUCUGAGGAAAUUAAAAUAAUAAAAAACAGAAAAUC